GGGAGUCACUGAAAUACAGUGAAAAGUUAAAAAGCCGUUGAGGUUAGACAAGCGUUUAUGUUCACUUCGUUUUAACAACUUUGCUAACAAAUGUUAUGAAGAGACUACAAUUUUGCUUGUUAUAGUUUUCAUUUAAACUUUUUUUGGUCUAAGGUCUUAAAUAGUAAUCAUGCAAAUCUAUGUAAAUUACUGGAAGUGUUUGUGGCGAUGGACAACGUCUCAAAAUUUGUCUUCAGAAGAUCUGCAGGCAGUGUUGGGUAAAAAAGAAGUACAGGAAGCCUUAUUUCAGGGUCUCCUGAGUUAUAAACCAAAUAGUCCUGGUACGUUUUCUCAGCUGGAGUCUAAAUAUCCAGACCAAGUAAAACUUUUGAAUACAGUGCAGACAUUACAAAAUUAUAUAGAUGUCGACUCAUUUCAAAUAUGGGAUUUAAUAAAACAUUAUUUGUGUAGUAUUUCUUAUGGAAAUAUAACAAAUGCCCUUAAAAACAUUGCAUUUCUUGAUACAAGACCAACAUUUAUAUUGCCAAAUGUUUGGAAAUUCUACUAUUGUGAAAGGUUAUUUUUACUAAGACUGCUGCAGUAUAUAAUAGAAAAUAAAAAUAAUGCUAAUCACAAAUACCACAAAGAGUUUAGUCAUAUUUACAAUACAAGUGGAGCAAACCUUAUGUCAUCGCUUGUUGGACAAUUUGAAAAAGUAACAACUUCUACUCCCCCUCCAAGAAAAAUACAUAAUGAUUUUGGUAAUGAAACAAUUCGUCAAGAGUGGGCUGAAUACAAUUUAAGAGAACAACUGGCUCUGUUACAAUUAAUUAUACUUCUUAUUGAUGAGGAAAACAUCCCUGUUGAACAUUUCCAAACACUUUUCAAAGCUUUCAGAAGAUGUAAUUUUGGGAAGAAUCAAUCUUACCAUGAACUACUAGAGGAGAGGCACAGGGACAUGUGCAUGAAGAUCGUGUAUUUGGAAACAUGUUUGUUUAUAGUUGUCUCUGAUAAACAAUAUCUAACAAAUCCUUCAUCGUGGAUUGAAGUUACAGAAAAGUUUGUAGAGCCAGAAUUAACUAAACUUCAACUUGGAGCAGAACAUACUCCAAUGCUCUUGUCAUGGAUGGUACUUUCUCUGGAGAGUAAAGAUCAUGCAGUAUUGUUUGAAAGUAAGUAUCAACACUACGGCUCAACUGCUCUCCGGAUGCAUGUUUUUGAAUUUUUACAUGAAAUGGUGAAAUCACCUGUGUUGUCAGAUCAGUCAAAAUGUUCCAAGAUAAUUAGAGAAACAAUUUUUAAGCUUCUGAAUGCAGUAUGUGAUAGAUUUGAUGGCGAUGGUACUGUGAGCCGUCAGCCCGGCAUCUAUCCACUUUGCGCAGAACUGAUUUCAUCACAAGACUUGGCUGACGAGUUUUGGAAUCUGCACCAAAAAAAUGAACAUUAUGGAAUUGUUUCCUUAUGGAAUACAGCAUUGGAGUACUUUCCUUAUAACUUUAAUAUGCUAUCAGUUCUCGCAGCUGGCUUGUCUCAGGCUGGUAAAAGUAGCGUAAGGAAUCUGAUCGGUGAACUGAAGAACUUACCUGUAUAUACAGAAAUAUACAAUCCGAACAGCGUCCCUUUAAUGUCCUCGGAAUCGGACGUGGCAAUAAUUGGUCGCGAAUAUUCCCCCAUCCCGUCAUAUACCGUGGAGGUCGGCUCCAGAGCCACGGUGAUGGAGAGGAGAGAGGGCACAAUGAUACACUUCCACACGCCGUGCUCAUACUGGACCGUGUUCAAUCAUGAAAUAGAGAAAGCUUUGGAUCGUAAUCAACAUCAUCACUUGAAUGACACACUACAAAGAGUAUAUGAAGGAACUGAACUGCUAACUGGUAAUAUUUGAGAACAAAAUCAAUAUUUUAUAAUAAGAAUUUAUAUUAUAGGUAUGCGGUAAAGGUUUAUCGUCGUCGUUAAUUCGUUUAACUUAGGUAUAUGUAAAACGAAUAAAACACAUUUUCUAUUAAAGCACUUUAGAUAGUAUUCGUAGGUUACCAAGUGAGAAACAGAUAAAGUAAAACAACAUAUACGGAAAAAUACGAUUCAUUAAAUACCAGCUCUCCUGUAGUACCUAUAUGCAUAAGCCUUCAUCUAGGUGCACUCUCUAUAUUGAUGAAAACCGCAUCAAGAUCUUUCGCACGAUUAGCAUCGUCGCAAAGCUUCUAUGUCGAAUAGUAACGACUUCGUUUUUGUAAUUAAAUUAUAAAGCUUAUAUAAUACUAGCUUUGUCACUCUGAAGCUAUGUCGUGUGGUAUAGUUACUUUGGGCAGCAUUUCUUAAAAGGCUAAAACAAAUAUCUAUUCAUCAUACCGUGUAAAACACUUGAUUAUAAAGUUUCAUGACUUUAUCUUUGACAAUGACAAACUUCCGUACAAAAUUUAAUUCCCUAUGUCAACCCCUUUUAUCAACUAAAACCUAAUAAAAACAACUUAUAUACUACGUCCUCAAGUCACCUCUGUUUAGUGGGUUAAGCAUGAGAGUGUAACAUACAUAUACACAGACCUACUUUUGCAUGUAUAACAUUGACGAUAAUCCUUGUUUCUCAUUACAUCAUAUAAUAAGAGAUUACCAAAUCUAUCGAAUUAAAUAGACUAAGAAAAAUAUAAAUUACAAUUGCUUAGCCGAAUUUUAAACGAACAGCUGUUUUUUUUUUCGAGUUUCUAUAAGUACAUGUAAUUAUCUGACUAAUGUUUAAUAUGUUUCUGUACUUCGUUUCUGAAAACUUUAAAGCUAUUUAUCCAAUUUGAAAUACAGAUAGAGGAAAAAAACACAAUUCUAAAGUUUACACAAGUCUUCAUC